AUGCUCCCAACACAAAAGCCCCGCCGCGGCCUCGACGACGCGCAGCUCGCGGCCAUCGUCCUCGGCUCCCUCGAACACUUCCCGCAGUAUAGAGACGUCUUCCACGCGGUGAGCGUGCGCGCAGUGGCCCAGGACCCGCGCUACGUCACGCUCGCGCGCCUAACCGAGGCGCCGACCGACGACGAGGCCGCGGCCGUCGCGGCCGACGCCUUCGCGCGCGCGGCGGCCGCGAUGGGCGCGCCCCAGGGCGCCGCGGCGCUCGUCGCGCGGUCGCUCGUAGCGCAGCCGGCGAACGCCCGCGCCGUGCUCGCGGCCGGCGCGGCGGCGCUCGGCGCGCACGAGUCCAUCCUGCAGCGGAGCGCGGCGCACGCGGGGCUGAGCACGCGUGCCGCGGGCGUCGUCGCGCGGGGCGCGGCCUGCCUGCCGGCGCCGCACGCCGUGGCCGCGGCGCGCGCCGCGGCCGGCGCGGGUCCGACCGGCGGCGACGGCCCGCCCUGCGUCUACCUGCGCCUGCCCGCGGAGGCGGGGCCCCAGGCGUGGCGCGCGGGCCUCUACGCGCGCGUCGACGAGGGCGUCUACCGCCGCGUCUCGCAGGAGCCGCCCGAGGCCUUCCAGGACUCGUACCUCUUCCGGUGCGUCGUGGAGGGCCGCGGCGCGCUCUGGCUCGUGGGCUCGCGGCCGGCGCGGGACGCGGCGGGCCUCGCGUCGGGCUACGACGCCGCGGCGGCGCCCGAGGCCGUCCGCGCGCCCUGGUACAUCACGCGCGACGGCGCGACCUGGCACGCGCUCGCGGGCGUCCAGGUCGCGGCGCUCGCGCCGGCGGCGGCGGCCGCGCUCGCGCCGCCGAAGUUCUGA